UGUCUCGUGGGCGGCUCUUUAGCAAUCCCAACUGGAAUCUCACACCAAAAGGCACCAUGAUAGGGAUGACUGACGUCACUGCAGCCCCCAAAUUGGGGUCAGCUGCCACCACUCCAGCUGUGGCUCCCAACUUCUCCUGGAUGCCGGAGGAUGGCAGCCCCACAGCUGUGGAGCAGCCAAUAUUCCUCAUGACCACUGCUGCUCAGGCUAUCUCAGGUUUCUUUGUAUGGACAGCUUUGCUCAUCACCUGCCAUCAGAUCUACAUGCAUCUUCGCUGCUAUAGCUGCCCAAAUGAACAGCGCUACAUUGUUCGGAUCCUCUUCAUUGUGCCCAUUUACGCCUUUGACUCAUGGCUCAGUCUCCUGUUCUUCACCAAUGACCAGUACUAUGUUUACUUUGGCACAGUGCGGGACUGCUAUGAAGCCUUUGUAAUAUACAACUUUCUCAGCCUCUGCUAUGAGUACUUGGGAGGGGAGAGCUCCAUCAUGUCUGAGAUCAGAGGGAAACCAAUUGAGUCCAGCUGUGUAUAUGGGACUUGCUGCCUGUGGGGAAAGACCUAUUCAAUUGGAUUCCUGAGGUUCUGCAAACAGGCUACCCUGCAGUUCUGUGUGGUAAAGCCCCUGAUGGCGAUCAGCACAGUCAUCCUUCAGGCCUUCGGCAAGUACCAGGAUGGUGACUUUGAUGUAACCAGUGGCUACCUCUAUGUGACGAUCAUCUACAACAUCUCUGUCAGCCUGGCGCUGUAUGCCCUCUUCCUUUUCUACUUUGCCACACGUGAGCUGCUCAGUCCCUAUAGCCCAGUUCUCAAGUUCUUCAUGGUGAAGUCUGUCAUCUUCCUGUCCUUCUGGCAAGGGAUGCUCUUGGCCAUCUUGGAGAAGUGUGGUGCCAUCCCCAAAAUCCACUCUGCCAAUGUGUCUGUGGGUGAAGGCACAGUAGCUGCUGGGUACCAGGACUUCAUCAUUUGCGUGGAGAUGUUCUUUGCAGCCAUUGCCCUGCGCCACGCCUUCACAUACAAGGUGUACAUGGACAAGAGACUUGAUGCCCAAGGUCGCUGUGCUCCCAUGAAGAGCAUCUCCAGCAGCCUCAAGGAGACCAUGAACCCCCACGAUAUUGUCCAAGAUGCAAUCCACAACUUCUCCCCAGCCUACCAGCAGUACACCCAGCAGUCAACGCUGGAGCACGGUCCACCCUGGCGCAAUGGCAGUCACGUUAUCUCACGCUCCCACAGCUGCUCGGGUGCCCGUGACAAUGAGAAGACCCUCUUGCUGAGCUCCGAUGAUGAAUUCUAGGAUGGGAAACUGCCAGCACAGGCUGUCAUUUUCCUUUUUCUGGGCUUUUUUUUUUUUUUAAUUUAUUGAAGCAGAAACACGCAAGUCAUAUCACUUCCUAGAGAGUGCAGGUUGCAGAAGUGGGCACUUCCCAUUAGCUUUUGUGGGUACGGACACAAUGAGCAGUGCGGAGGUGGGGGAAUGGCCAGGACUCCAUUCUCGAGCCCAUUCCUUUCAGCAGCAAUCGACUGGAAUUAAUCCAAGCAAAGCUCCAGGGUUUGGGGCUCUUGCCUCCCACACCUGCCCAGCUUGGUGUGGAGCGUGACUAGCCAGAGCCUGGAGUUGUGGCCAAAAAUGUUUUUGUUUUUUUUCCAGCUGGACAACCUGACUGCUUUGUAUUCCUCUU